AUGUUUUUGCGAUAUUUGAAUUCAUAUACAAUUCGUUCUUCAAUAACUCAUCUAUCAUUAUUGACAAGAAGAACUCAAUUAUGUUCAAAUUGCACACAAAAAUUUAUGAUAAAUUCUUUGUUAGUUAAAACAUCUUUACCAUUGUCUCAACAUCAUUUUAUUCGACAACAAGCAACAACAACAACAACAACACAACCGUCUCAAUUCGAUUAUUCAUCGAAUAAUGAUAAUAAAAAUGUUUUUCAUCGAAUUCAUUCAUCUAAAUUAGAUUUAGAUUCUUUAUUAGAACGUUUAGAUGGUGAAGCUCAUCGUCGUGGUCGUUUAACACCCGGUUUAGUAAAUGAAGCAAUUCGUAAAGCAACAAUUGAAUUAGAAUAUAUAAAUCCAACACAAGCAUUAUUAUUAAUACGUUGUUCGGGUUCAUUAUUACUUGGUGAAUUACCUAUACAACGUCAACAAGUUUUAGAACAAAUGAUGAACGUAUUUAAAACAAAAAAUGUUCAAUUUGAUAUAACACACUAUAAUUCAUAUAUGCGUGUUUGUCUACAAAAUUCUCAUUAUUUUGAUCCAGAUAAAAUAUUAAACGAUAUAAAAAUCUAUGGUGCUAAAUCUAAUAUUCAACCAAAUUUAACAACAUAUAAAUUAUUUAUGGAAUGUUAUGCAAAACAAGGACGAUCAAAUGAUGCUCAAAAAGUAUUAGAAUUAAUGAAACAAUCAAAUUUUAAUAUUGAAUCACAUACAUUAACUUGUUUAAUUGAAUCUUAUGCACAACAAGGAAAUUAUGAUAAAGUACAACAAUUAUUUCAAUUAUUUGAUGAAUUAACAUUAAAACCUAUUUCACAAACAUAUGAACAAUUUGUUAUUGUCUAUUUUAAACAGGGACAAUUUUUAGAUGCAAAAAAAUAUUUUAUAUUAAAUUCAUCAAAAAUGGAUAAUGAUACAUUCUAUCGUCUUCUCAUUUUAUCUGCCACGUAUAAUCAACAUGAUAUGUUUCAAUUAAUAUUGGAUACAAUUGAUAAAAAUGUCUUAGCUGAUACAUGUAUACAAUAUAUACUGUAUACUGCUGAAUUAUUAAGUAAAAAUUUAGAUGAUUAUGCAUUUAUGCUAAUUAAGACAUUUCCAGAAAGAGAUGAAACAUUAAGAUUUGAUGUAUUAAAUUAUACAUUUUUAAAUUUAUUAAAAAUACGUUUACCUAUCCAUCAUUUUAAACCAUUUUCAUCGAUAAAUAUUGAACAAAGAACAAAAGGUAUUUAUUAUUUUUUUAGAAUUAUUCGCUUGCCUCCUAGUACGAGAGGAUAG